CUCCGGGCGGCGCGGCACAGAUGGUCUGACUCACUCCAAAGGUGGCCUAAAUCGGUUUGCAUGCCAUAAUUGGGCUGGUGUGGAGGAGCCCAGUCACCUAUAGAACAAGAUGGGAAACUGGAGGAGGAGGUCAUUCUCAUCAUGGAUGCUUAUUCUGAUGCUGUUUGCUUUCAGGAAGACACAAGCAGUCUACCAUUGGCAUGAACAUAAGUUCACUAUAGUGGGUACACGCUACUCUCUCUUGUACUUCACUGGUGUUGGUGUUAUUGAUGACAUUCAGUGGCUUUCUUAUGAUAAAAUGAACCAUCAGGCUACAAUCAAGGCAGACUGGAUUUCUGAUGUCCUGCGGACCAACCUAAUUGAGGAGUGGAGUCAUUUGAUAAAAAUCCAUGAGGGGGACGCCCAAGCCUUGAUCCAAUUCUUAACAGCUGAUGACUCCAAGCUCAAAAGAAAUUACACACUGCAGUAUUUUCUAGGCUGUGAAUUGGAUGAUACCAUCCAGUUGAACAGCAAGGUACAAUUUGGCUUGGAUGGAGAGAAUAUGAUUGAGAUAGAUGAUCACCAAGAAAACUGGGUGGUCCUAAACCCUAGGGCACAAAACUUGAAAUACAUUGCAGAAAGCCUCUUCUGGACCAAUGUGAGAAAAGACUACGUUAAGAAAUAUUGUGUUGGAAUGGUUCAGAACUUCCUUCGGAAUUCAAGCAUGAAAGAAAAUUUGCCACCCGAGGUAUAUGUGUCCCACCAUGAUUCACCCAAUGGCACCAUCACCUUAUCCUGCUUGGCCACAGGCUUUUACCCCAGAUCUAUUUUGUUAAUAUGGAAGAAGACUACUGAACAGGCUACAUGGGGGAAGGAGAGCUCCAGUGGCACCCUGCCCAAUACUGAUGAUACCUUCUACCUUCAAGUCACCCUGGAGCUCCUUCCAGGGGAUUCAGGAGCAGGUUACAAUUGUGUGGUGGAGCACAGUGCAAUGGAGAAACCAGCUGUGUACCCUGUUCCUGUAAAGCCUCCUAAGAAGUGGCCUUGGGCCAUGGUCAUAAGCAUCCUAGUAGUCUUCAUCCUGGGGCUGAGCUGUGCUAAAGUUUUCUCCACAUGGAAUAAUAAGAAGAAGACAGGGAUGACUUCACAAUCUCAAUUAGAAGGACCCAUUUCUUCUCCAACUAUUCAUCUUCAGUGAAGGAAGUCUACUGUGCUGACACCUGAUAUCACUUCAUCUAAUUUUCAGAGAAGUUGUUGCAUAUCCAUGUCUAUAAUGCUUGCCCUCCUCAUCUCCACCUCUGAGAACCUUUACCUCCCCUCAGGCUCCACACUGGCACCACCUCCUCCAUGAAGUCUCUCCUGAUCUUUCCAGUUUUUAUGGCUCUCUCCCUUCUUGUAUACAUUAGAAUUAAUUAUUGGGGUCUGUGUUUUAUA